GCACCCGAUAACGGCCGAAACGAACACGUUUUAGAAGCUCUGAAGUAGACAGUGGAUUCCGUGACUAAUUUGUGAUAGGAGUGGAAGCAUUCCAAAUGCAGCUAUGAAAUUCUACAGUGGAAGUUACAUAUUUCCUUUCCAAUGGGAUCAAGUUGCUACCACCUAUUGGCAGAAAUAUUCCUUACACAAAAGUAAACAUAUCAUUUCGGAGGAUGUGCUGUCCCGUAAGAUUAUUGAAGGCAAGCUAUUUACAAAGAGGCUUAUCAACAAGUCUAAUAAUUCUGCUGAGAAGGUGGUGAACAUGCUCUUCCACACCCGCGCCAAAAAGACCUGGGUCAUAGAGGAGUCCAUUGUAGAUCCUGUCGCAAAAACAAUGAUUACUUAUACACGAAACAUAGGUUACAAGGACUUAGCUGUUGUUGAAGAAAAAUGUGUUUACAAGGAAAGCGCAGAGAAAAGUGAUGAAGUGAUACAAAUGAAGAAAGCUUGGAUAUAUUCAAAUCAUUUCUAUCUAGGUAGAAUCAUACAAAAUCUAGUCUAUCAAAAAUUCAAACUUCGUGCGAAUAAAUCAAGUAGUGAAUUCCAUAGUGUCUUAACAAAACUGUUCAACAUGGAACUUGUAGAUCCUACAAAUAAUUCCGGUUUUGUACCUCUCUUAAAGGACCAGGACAUUAAAGGGAAGGCAAUUAGAGCCACGAAAAGUGUCGCACAUAAAACACCAAAACUUUAAUGUAAUCAUACUGUAUGGAUGACAUGGACUGCUACGCCAGGGAAACAUGAAUAUUUGAAAGCAAGGUCACAUUCUUUCAGCAAGUUUGUGUUAUUUUCAUUGUCUUGAUAUUAAAAACACUUGGUGUUGGGAAAACCUGUUAGAACACCAUGAAGAAUGAUAUGUUAAUGUGCGAGUGGAGGAUGUUUUGUUUUUUUUUUAGAAGUGAAAAUCUUAAUGAAAAAAAAGAUAUGGUGUAAACAGUAAACAAUACCAGUUUUCUGUUGGAUUUUCAGAAUGAAGUGAUUUUGUUUCAUGAUUUGAAGAUUUUUUAUUUUGACUGUGAAUGAAAGUUUCUAUAAGAAAUCUAGUGCUAAAGCUUCAGACUAUAAAUGGUUCUGUAUUUAGAAAUAAUUCCUUGUUUCCUGUUGACUACUUUGUAGUGCUUCGUUAAGGAAAUAUUCCAUGGUCAUCAGAGUGUACAGAGCUUUUAUAGAUGUGUGUGAUGUAUUUGCUUUUUCUUUUAAACCUGUGUGAUGAAAUUGGUAUUAAGUUUGCAUAAGAGAGAAAUUUGAAAUGUUAUUAGUAAACGGUGGUAAGUUUAUAUCUGUGUUGUGUAAUAGAAAAUUCUUUAUUGGGUUUUAAACUGAUUAUGUCCAGCAUUGUUACAAAUUGAGUAAUAUAUACAUGUAUCUACCUCAGGAACUCACUACCACAGCAAUGAAGUCAGGACAGUGCAACUAAAGAAGUACACAGGCAUUCAUGCUUCUAAAUUUAUUCAAUUCAUGGUUUUGAACCCUUUUACAAAAACUCAGCUUUCAUUUUCCCAUAAAAAACAUUUUAAGUUGUUGAUAGAACACAAGUUUUGUAUAAAUGUGUUAUAUCUACCAUGGAGUUUUAAAAGAGAAAGAAUGGUGUGUUUCUGUGACCAAUUUUCACUCCUUUGAGGUAUGAACAUUUAUCAUCGUAAAAACAUGUAGUUUUAAAAUUCGGCAAGAAUUGUCAUCUGUGCCAUAUUAUAUUGUAAUGAGUCAAUUGAGUAAUUGUACUAUGAAGAUCCCAGAUUUCUUAAAAGAACAUCAUUUUUUCAGCAUUACAUUCUGUAUAUUUUUUGGUCAAAAUUACAGCAGUAAUUACGGUACUAUUCAAAGCCUGUAAGAACCCAGGUAACGGUUUGUACACCUUAAUUCUACACUUUCUUAUUAUUACCUGAAUUUCUAGACAAACUUAGAAAGGGAAACAUAAUAAAAAUUGAAAUCAACAUGUUAUAAGGGAGAGGAUGAGGGUGAGGGAAUCCCUGAAGUCCAUUCUAUUGCAUGUUAAUUUACAUUACAAUCACAGACAAAUAUGCUUGGAGAAAGGUAAAAAUUACUUGUAUAUGUAUGGUACCUUAUGGUUUAUGUGUAGAAAACUUUCCAGAAGUGAUAUGUAUGUUCAUCACUGAUACUCCAGGGGUUACAAUCACUUUCACUCUUUGCUCCCCUGGAAGGCACAAGUGAAGUAUUUUGAUUGGUCCCAGGAGAAAACUAACUGACCAAUCACAGGCUGAUAGCUCUUUUUGAAGAGUACAAAAGACCAACACCCAACUUCAAAACCAAUACAAUAUACUGUUAUGAGACCUCGAGAUUUGUUUGAUGUAAAUCAAAGGCUCAAAUUAGCCUUUUCGUCUUGUCCACAAGGUGUCUCACAUGGAAACUUCAAUUCUGCCAAGUUCCAGAGGGGUGCAGAAAGUGAAAGUGAUUGUAACCCCUGGAGUAUCUAGAAUGAUGUAUGUUGGAUUGCUGGAAUAAUGCUUUUAUGUUAACAAUGGGAAAAAGGGAAUUUGCAAGAUCCCUAUUACUCAUGUGAUGUUUACAUAUUUAUCAUCUGUGAUUGAAAGAUUAUCAGCUUUGUUCCUAGAGAUUUUGUUUUAUCUGGUUUAAUGGAUUUGCUGUUCAGGUAUGAAGGGAUUUGUAUGUGAUUGUAAAGUUAGGUAAACCCUUGAAUCCUGCUUCUGUAAGUAACUACUUCCAUUUUGAAUAUGAAUGAGAUAUUAGAUUAGAAUUUUUAGAAGUUUCACGAUUUUGUAGUUCUGUAAUUUCUGUAGCAUGCAUUUUGAAAUCACACUUGAAAGAAAAAUUUAAUUUAACAAAGUUAAUAUUGAGUGUAGAAUUAAAACAAUGAUACUGUUUCACCUACACCUGUAACAAGAUGUGACCAGUGUGUGUACAUACAUGUAUGUGUGUGAAUUUGCACACAUGUUGGUGUACUCAGAGAAAAAUAGUGCUAGUUAUCUACAGAUGCCAUUUAUUAAU